AAGUUUCGAAAGCUCUAGGUUUGAAUUCCAGGCUCACUCCGAUAUCUGCUGUCAAGGACAGUUCUAUCGAUUUCUCGGCGCUUAUUCCUUCAGUCGUCAGCAAAACACAGUUCGUCUCUCAGUGCUCAUUGCAGUGCCGUGGGUGUUGGUGGUGUCUAUGAAAGUUACCGCAUAUGCUAACUGGUGUCUCAUCGUUCUUUGCUUGAAUUUCAAACCGAACCCUAGUACUUAUUUUAUUAUAAUCAAAUCAUGUUUGGAAGUGUAACUAAUCAAGUGUCCGGACUAGGAUCCAGUCUUGGUAGCUGGUUUAAGAAAGAUAAAGAGAGCGAAGAAGGAGAGGGCAAUGGGAAUGGCUCCAAAGAUGGGACUGCGUCCCCUCAGAAACAAGAGGAGCCGUCCACUGCUCCUCCUAAAGGCGCAGAGAAAUCAGGGAAAGGAUCAGCUGGUGGCAAUGAAGAUGCAGCUUCAAAUCAUUCAGGUGCCACGGAAGGUGCGGACAGCAACCCUCCCAGCGACCACGAGGAGGAGGCCGCGGGCGACGCUAACAAGGCUGGCUUCGCGUCAGGUCUUGCAUCGUUCAACUUGUCUGGAGUAUCGAGCCGCGCCACAGCGUCUGCCAAGACCGUGGGCUCGUUCUUCGGCACGGCCUUCUCAAAAGCCAGCGCCUCCGUCAAAGAAGCUGGCUCUAAAAUAAAGGAAACCGUCGAGAAAAAUGAGAGAAAGAACUUCGUACGCAACCCUCCCACGGGCGUGAUCUUCGAGUUCGACUUGGACCAAUUCCUGCCCGUAGCGCAGGCCACCCUAGCCGCCGACCCCAACCUCGACAAGAUGCGCUUCGAGCUCGUGCCUAAAGUCGUGAGCGAGGAGGUGUUCUGGCGUAACUACUUCUACCGCGUCGGGCUCAUCAGGCAGAGCACGGAGCUGUCCUCCAUGGAGCAAGAUGGAGACGCUCCUAACGCCAACGACGCACCAAACAAAGUCCCCGCGCCCGAGCCUCCUGUAGACGCGGCGCCAGAAGUUGCCGCCGCUGACAGUCACGAGUUUGUGUCGGAAACUUUCCAGCCGUCCAGCCAAGACUUGGAAGACGUUAAACGCGGCGUGUCCACCAUCACGCAGGCCGAAGACAAAGGGGAAGAAGACUGGGAAGCAGAGCUGCGGGAGGAGCUGGGGGGGUUCGAGGUGGUGGAGGGCGGGGGCGCUAAGCCCUCCAAGGGGGACGACCAGUGGGAGGAAGAGAUACAGAACAUGAUCGAUGCAGAGGACGACGAUACCAGCGAUCUGCGAUAAUUUCUUUAUUUUACGCUUUAUUUUACGUUCAGUAAGAGGAUACCAGCGAUCCGCGAUAAUUUCUGUGUCUUGCUUUAUUUUUUGUUCAGUAAGAGGAUACCAGCGACCUGCGAUAAUUUCUGUAUCUUGCUUUAUUUUACGUUCAGUAAGAGGAUACCAGCGAUCUGCGAUAAUUUCUGUAUCUUGCUUUAUUUUACGUUCAGUAAGAGGAUACCAGCGACCUGCGAUAAUUUCUGUGUCUUGAUUUAUUUUAUGUUGAGAAAACCAACGGAAGAAACAAUUUUGAACAUUCUGGUAAACCUGCGAGAAUUAUAGUUAGUAUUAUUUUAGAUCAUAUGUGUGAUUAUUGUAUCUUAUUUUCCUAUAUUUUUGGGCAAACGUGCAAUAAUUCAAUCUUUUUUUUAUAUUUCUGCUAGCCAGGUCGUUCACCGCAGAUCAUUUAUCGACAUUAUCGCAGUUCAGUGUCACAGUUAUCGCAUUUAUCGACAUUAUCGCAUCGUUUACCACAGUUUAUUUAUCGACAAGCCCCAAGAGUCGAACAAUUAGUAUCCCAAUUUCCCAGUGUUCGUUAUUUUGUUUAUAUUUAGCUCAUUUAUAAUUUUUGAAUUUUUCCUAGCUGGACUUAUUAUUUACUACUGUAUUGUUCGAAGCGAUCAAAAAAUCUUGUUAGAAAUAGUGAACUCGUUGUUAAAAAUGGGGUUUUCCGUUUGCAGGAAGAUACAUUAAAAAAUAUGAUUAAUAAUAGUAAUUUAUUUUUAAGCCUUUGAAGUAUUUGAGUUGGGCGUUGUCGAAAAAACUUUGAUAACUUACGUCGUCUGCGCUCGGGAAAUUUUUCAUUAUAAUCUAAGGUCGUUAAUUACUUUUCACGUUAAAAUUGCGGUAUAUUUUGUUGUGCAGGGAGAUAUUUUUUACUGGUUCUCAAGAUAUGUACAAUGCACAUGAGUCGCACUCUCGAUCAUGGAAAAAUCGCUGUCGACUGUUUGUUGGUUCACACGUUACUGUUUUCUUAUGUUAAAUAUUUAGCCAAAUAUAAAGGCAACAGGUAGAGAACCAUGAGGAAGUAUAUUGGUCGGAAGUUUAAUUUUCAUGGGCAUUAUAAAUCGGAUUCCUAAUCGGAUGUUGAUCUUUUCUUUUCUUCAUUUCUGUACGAUCGUUCGUCAGGGUAUAGGGUUCAAGUUUCUGCUGAAUAAUGAGUCCGAUUAUUAAGAAUAAUUUACAGUAGGAUUCUACAAUGGGAACGAAAAAACUGCGCUCACCAAUUCUCUGAAGUAAAGAAAUGUUGCAGCGAGUACACCAAGUGAAAAUAAUCUCGAUUUUAUCAUAAACUCAGUAUUUAGAAUUUGUUGGAGGGUUUUGUGUUCCUCUCGGUGGACUGCUGUGAAUUUUACAUAUUCUUAUUCCAUUCCAGAAUUUGUCGUUCUUUUUCGGUUUCAUAACUAAAAUCAUGCCUGCCUUCCUCGAGUCUCCAUCAAAUGGUAUCCAUUAAAUAAAGAGCGUUUUAUGAAAUCAUUUGAUUCUUUUCAAUCGUAAAUUAACUAUUAAACAAUUAAAUGGUUAAGAAAAUCACGAUAUUUUCAUUGAGAAUUUUUCUAUUGAAUUUUUUAUUUAUGACAGUUCUUUGCGAGUGAAGUGAUCGAAUAACAAUUAUUAAUAAUUAUAAUUAAUAAUAAUUUUAAUUAAU